AUGUCGGCAAAGACUCUUUACGAUAAGGUUUUUGAAGACCAUGUUGUCCUUAAGGACCUGUCCUACUUGCUAUUUAUAGAUAGACAUCUCAUCCAUGAAGUCACAUCUCCACAAGCGUUUGAAAGCAUGCAACAGGCAGGCAGAGGUGUUCGCCGUCCUGAUUGCACUUUAGCCACUGUCGACCACAAUAUCCCCACUGUGUCGAGAAAAAAUUUCAAAAAUGUCGACUCCUUUAUUGAGCAAGAGGAUUCGAGAUUGCAAGUGAAGACCUUGGAGAGGAAUGUCAAGGAGUUCGGCAUUCCCUAUUUUGGAAUGAGAGACGACAGACAAGGUAUCGUGCAUGUCGUUGGACCCGAGCAAGGCUUCACGCUUCCAGGAACAACAGUUGUCUGCGGAGACUCUCACACAUCCACCCAUGGUGCGUUUGGCUCAUUAGCUUUCGGUAUUGGAACUUCGGAAGUCGAGCACGUUUUGGCAACUCAGACGAUUAUUCAAACCAAGUCGAAAAACAUGCGGAUCUUCAUCGAUGGCUCAUUAAGUGAAGGCAUCACUUCGAAAGACUUGGUCUUGCACGUUAUAGGAGUCAUUGGUACCGCUGGUGGUACUGGUUGCGUUAUUGAGUUUGCAGGUAAAGCCAUUGAGGAGUUGUCGAUGGAGGCAAGAAUGUCGAUUUGCAACAUGGCCAUCGAAGCUGGUGCUCGUGCCGGUAUGAUUAAACCGGACCAAACCACAUUCGACUACAUAAAGGGAAGACCAUUGGCCCCCAAAGGUGAAGAAUGGGAGAAGGCCAUGUCUUACUGGAAGACGUUAUACUCGGACCCUGGCGCCAAGUUUGAUUUCGACAUCAAGAUUGCCGCCAAGGAUAUCGUGCCCACCAUCACGUGGGGUAACUCGCCCCAGGAUGCUUUGCCAAUUAGUGCCAAAGUUCCCGAUCCAGCAAACGUCACUGAUCCAAUCAAAAAGGAAGGCAUGUUGAGAGCUUUGAAAUACCAAGGCUUGGAGCCAAACACGCCGCUCAAGGAGAUCAAGAUCGACAAGGCGUUUAUUGGAUCCUGCACCAAUUCCAGAAUCGAGGACUUGAGAGCCGCGGCUAAAGUAGCCAAGGGCCACAAGAAGGCUGAUAAUGUCAAGCAAGUCUUGGUGGUGCCCGGAUCUGGUCUCAUCAAGGCCCAAGCUGAAAAGGAAGGGUUGCACAAGGUCUUUGAAGCCGCUGGGUUUGAGUGGAGAGAAGCUGGAUGUUCCAUGUGUCUCGGUAUGAACCCAGAUAUCCUCGAUCCAGAAGAGAGGUGCGCGUCGACUUCCAAUAGAAACUUUGAAGGACGUCAAGGAGCAUUAUCGCGGACCCAUUUGAUGUCGCCCGCGAUGGCUGCCGCUGCUGCCAUCAAGGGCCAUUUCACGGAUAUCAGGGAGUUUGACUAUGUCGGUAGUGGCAGCGACGAGCCAAGUCUAGCUGUUAGCGAAGACGAGGACAAGAAAUUACAAGACGCUGUGUACGAUCAUGAGAAAGAGCCUGUUUCUGAUGAGGAAACGUAUUCGGAAGAAGAAGAGCGAAUCGACGACAUUCCCGAGUCCUCCGGUGGCUUUGGGUUGGAAAAAUUCAAGUGUUUCACUGGUAUCGCUGCUCCAUUGCAUAAGGCCAACGUCGACACCGACGCCAUCAUCCCUAAACAGUUUUUGAAAACAAUCAAGAGGACAGGUUUGAAAGAUGGUUUGUUUUACGAAGCUAGAUUUGUCAAGUCCAACGGCAAAGACGUCGAGACCGAUUUUGUUCUCAAUCAAGAGCCAUAUCGAAAAGCUGAGAUUCUCGUUGUCACGGGUGACAAUUUCGGAUGUGGUUCCUCACGAGAGCACGCUCCGUGGGCUUUAAAAGAUUUCGGAAUCAAGUCCAUUAUUGCACCAUCGUUUGGUGACAUUUUCUACAACAACUCCUUUAAAAACUUUUUGCUUCCCAUCAGAUUGCCACAGGAGGUGAUUGAGUCAAAGCUCAUCCCCGUGAUUGGACAGUACAAGUUGACGAUAGACUUGCCCAAGCAGCAGAUUAGACACGGAGAAACCGAUGAAGUCUUGGUGGAGCAUUUCGAAGUCGAGGAGUUUAGAAAGCAUUGCUUGGUCAAUGGGUUGGAUGAUAUCGGGUUGACGCUUCAAAAGGAAAAGUACAUUGUUGAGUAUGAAAAUAAGAGGAGACAAAAGUUUUCAUUCCUUGAAGGUGGCUCUGACUUGGUGAAGCCAAUCAAGGGCUCGAAAAAGAGUAAAUACGGCCUCAAGACACCAGAGUGGUGA